AACUGAUUCCAUACCAACAGGGAAGGACAUCAAACGCGGAAGUUAGAAAACAGACGGACUGCCAGACUCCGUUUUAAACUUCAACAGAGCAGCAGAAAGAAAACAGGGGUUACUAGUUCAUCUCUCACAAUGGAGACCAUGAGAGAUGAGGAGGAGGACACAUCUUCAGUGUCCAGAAAACCUCCAGAUUUGAGUAAUACACCUGGACCCUCUGACACAAAAGGGAAGAGGAAAAGUCAUGUUCCUGUGGAGGAGCAGCUGUCCAGCUGUGCUCUGUGUCAGGACGUCCUGAAGGAUCCAGUCUCUACCAGCUGUGGACACUGCUUCUGCAGACAGUGCAUCACCUCAUACUGGGAGCAGCAACCUCCAUCAGGAGACUCCUCAUGUCCCCAGUGUGGAGAAAGAUCCAGAACCAGAGCUGGACUGCAGACAGCCAGUCAGACCAGAACAGUACAAACGGAACGUGGUCUACAGGAGGUUUCAAAUGAACAUAGGGUCAGUCUGAGGGGGAGAUGUGAACAAGUGACUGAAGGAACUGAUAAAAGUGAAACCAGCCUCAACAGGAUCUUCACUGAGCUCUACAUCACACAAGGCCAGAGUGAAGAGGUUAAUACCCAACAUGAGGUGACGCAGCUUGAGGCAGCUUACAAGAAAAAUACCCUCCAUUACACUCCAAUCAAGUGCCAGGACAUCUUUAAAGUCUCACCUGACCAACAGACACACAUCAGAGCGGUCCUGACCAACGGAGUCGCUGGAGUUGGAAAAACCUUCUCAGUGCAGAAGUUCACUCUGGACUGGGCCAAGGGUUUGGAAAACCAAGAUGUCAGUCUGGUGAUCCCGCUUUCCUUCAGGGAGCUGAACCUGAUCAAAGAUGAGCAGUACAGUCUUCUCAGGCUGCUCCAUGUUUUCCAUCCAACCUUACAGAAGGUCACAGCAGAGCAGCUGGCUGUCUGUAAAGUGCUGCUCAUCUUUGACGGCCUGGAUGAAAGCAGACUUUCUCUGGAUUUCAGAAACAAUGAGGUUGUGUCUGAUGUCUCUCAGCAGUCCUCAGUCAACGUGCUGCUGACAAACCUCAUCAGGGGGAAGCUGCUUCCCUCGGCUCUCGUCUGGAUAACUUCCAGACCUGCAGCGGCCAAUCGGAUCCCUCCUGAGUGUGUGGACAGAGUAACAGAAGUACGAGGCUUCACUGACGCCCAGAAGGAGAUGUACUUCAGGAGGAGAUCGAGUGAUGAACAAUGGUCCAGCAGAAUCAUCUCUCACAUCAAGAGCUCCAGUAGCCUCCACAUCAUGUGUCAGAUCCCAGUCUUCUGCUGGAUCACUGCUGCAGUUCUGGACCACAUGUUGACUACAGACCAGAGAGGAGAGCUGCCCAAGACCCUCACUGACAUGUACUCACACUUCCUGCUGGUCCAGACCAAGAGGAAGAAGCAGAAGUAUGAUGAGGGACAUGAGACGAGUCCACAGCAGCUGACGGAGGCUGACAGGGAGCUUCUUCUGAAGCUGGGGAGGCUGGCGUUUGAACAUCUGGAGAAAGGAGACAUCAUGUUCUACCAAGAAGACCUGGAGCGCUGUGGUCUUGACGUCACCAAGGCCUUGGUGCACUCAGGAGUUUGUACAGAGAUCUUCAAAAGAGAGAGAGUGAUCUUCAAGAAAACAGUCUACUGCUUUGUUCAUCUGAGCAUUCAGGAGUUUCUGGCUGCAGUCUACAUGCUGCACUGUUACACCAACAGGAACACAGAGGUACUGAAGGACUUCCUGCAGGGAGACUAUAACAACAGGUUUAGCAAUGAUCAGGAUUACCCAUCCCUGGAUGUCUUCCUAAAGAGCGCCAUGAUGAAAUCACUCGAAAGUGAAAAUGGCCACCUGGACCUGUUUGUCCGCUUCCUCCACGGCCUCUCUCUGGAGUCCAACCAGAGACUCUUAGGAGGCCUGCUGGGUCGCACAGACAAACAUCCAGAAAUCAUCCAGAGAGCCAUCAGCAACCUGAAGGAGAUGAGAAGUGAUAAAAUCUCUCCCGACAGGAGCCUCAACAUCUUCCACUGUCUGACAGAAAUUAAUGACCACUCAGUACUUCAGGAGAUCACAGAGUUCCUGAAGUCAGAGAACAGAUCAGAGAAGAGACUCUUUGUGGAACGCUGGUCAGCUCUGGCCUACAGGCUGGAGAUGUCAGAGGAGGUUCUGGAUGAGUUGGAGAAGUACAAAACAUCACAGGAGGGACGACGGAGACUGAUUCCAGCUGAGAGGAACUGCAGGACGGCUGUAAUUCCUGACAGUGGAUUCUUAGACUGGGAAGUCGUGGCCUCCAAUCUGAGAGAGCUGGAGCUUAGAGACGAUCUGCAGGAUUCAGAGGUGGAGCAGCUGAGUUCUGCACUGAAGAGUCCAAACUGUACACUGAAGGCUCUGAGACUGGAGGUCUGUAUGUUGUCAGAGAUCAGCUGGGCUGCUCUGAUCUCAGCUCUGAAGUCCAACCCUUCCCAUCUGAGAGAUCUGAACCUGAGUCGCAACGAGCUGCAGGAUUCAGUCGUGAAGCUGCUGAGUGAUCUUCUGGAGAGUCCAGAAUGCAAACUGGAGACUCUCAAACUGAGGUGCUGCUGGUUGUCAGAGAUCAGCUGUGCUGCUCUGAUCUCAGCUCUGAAGUCCAACCCUUCCCAUCUGAGAGAUCUGAACCUGAAUGGCAACGAUCUGAAGGAUUCAGGAGGGAAGCUGCUGAGUGAUCUUCUGGAGAGUCCAGACUGCAGACUGGAGACUCUCGGACUGGAGCGCUGCAGUAUGUCAGAGAUCAGCUGUGCUCUUGUGAUCUCAGCUCUGAAGUCCAACCAUUCCCAUCUGAGAGAUCUGGACCUGAGUCAAAACGCUCUGAAGGAUUCAGGAGGGAAGCUGCUGAGUGAUCUUCUGGAGAGUCCAGACUGCAGACUGGAGACUCUCAGACUGAUGGACUGCAGGUUGUCAGAGAUCAGCUGGGCUACUCUGAUCUCAGCUCUGAAGUUCAACCAUUCCCAUCUGAGAGUUCUGAACCUGAGUUCCAACGCUCUGCAGGAUUCAGGAGGGAAGCUGCUGAGUGAUCUUCUGGAGAGUCCAGACUGCAGACUGGAGACUCUCAGACUGAUGGACUGCAGGUUGUCAGAGAUCAGCUGGGCUGCUCUGAUCUCAGCUCUGAAGUCCAACCAUUCCCAUCUGAGAGAGCUGAACCUGAGUCUCAACGAUCUGAAGGAUUCAGGAGGGAAGCUGCUGAGUGAUCUUCUGGAGAGUCCAGACUGCAAACUGGAGACUCUCGGACUGUGGUACUGUAGUUUGUCAGAGAUCAGCUGUGCUGCUCUGAUCUCAGCUCUGAAGUCCAACCCCUCCCAUCUGAGAGAUCUGAACCUGAGUGACAACAAGCUGCAGGAUUCAGUCGUGAAGCUGCUGAGUGAUCUUCUGGAGAGUCCAGACUGCAGACUGGAGACUCUCUGGAUCAGAGGCGAGAUGAUGAAAGCCAAGAUACAGAAGAAAUGUCCAUGAGGGAAUAUCGUCAUCUCAACAAAUGGCAGUGCGUUCAGCCCCGUAAUCCUGCAUGAGGUUCAAUUUCUGUCCCUCAAAUCUUUGGAAACAGUCAGAAGAACGGCUACGGAGAACUUGAAGAACAGUUUUCAAUUAUGACAUUUUUGCGUUGAUCACCCCGACUCAAUUAAUCCCAUGUGACUAUUCUUCACUCAUGUUCCCGGUAAUAACACGUUUUCUUCAUAAACCUAGUCUAAAUAAACUGCAGUGAGUAACAUUU